UAUGGAAAUAAAUAAAUGUAAAUAUAAAUUAAAAUAAUAUGAGUGUUUUAGUGGUGGCGGAUAAUAUGAUUAAGAAGGAAGUGAGAAAAAGCUUGGAAAGUGGAUAGACUUGGAUGAAGGGUUUAAAAUAUAGAAAUAAGUCACUUAUAAUGGUGAAUAUAAUUUAAAUGGUAUGAAAGUAGGUAGAUGGGAUAUCUUAUUUAAUUAGGGAGAUGAAUAUAAAUAAAUGUAAACAUUAUAUAAGAAUAAGGAAUAUAAUAAUAUCUGUGCAUAUUUUUAGUGGAGGUGGAUCAUAUGGUUAUGAUUAAGAAAUAGGUGAGAAAAAGGUUGGAAAUUGGGUAGAGUUGAUCGAAGGCUUUUCUCAAUUUCAAUAAGUCACUUUUAAUGGCGAAUAUAAUAUGAAAGGCAUAAAGGUAGGUAAAUGGGAUAUUAUGUAUCGUGAAUGGGAUGAGAUUGAAUAUAAAAAAAUGUAAAUAUUGUUUAAUAAAGGAAUUAAUAUUUGUUGGUUUAGAGGUGGUGGAGUUUAUGAUUUAGAAGGAAGUCAGAAAAAGAUUGGAAAAUGGGUAGAGCUGGAUGAAAACUUCUGGAUCACUUAUAAUGGUGAAUAUAAUAUGAAAGGAAUGAAGGAAGGUAUUUGGGUUCAAAUGGAUAAAUGGAAAAAAAAGAAAUAUGGAGAAGAGAAAUAUGAAAAUUGA